AUGUCCGGGGGCAGCGCCGACCCAGAGGCCGGCGAUGACCUUGCGCCGUACGACAGAAGAUACCCCGAUCUAAACGAGCAUGAUGCAGCCGAAACCACACCACUCCUGCCCACGGAUCUACCCGCAGAGCUGGCCCCGGAACGCUCAUUACGGCUACUGGUCAGCAUCAUCGGAGGCUUAUGCUUGACGCUGGUUGCCGUGAGCCAGAGGCUCUUUGGUCCCGCGUUGCAAGAGAUCAUGGAAGAUGUCAUCUGCAGAAAUGUGUACGCCGAUCACCAACUCAAUACACUGGCUCCCCCAGACAGCCGGUGCAAAGGGAAUGAGGUGCAAAAGACUCUGUCGAUGGUCUCUGCUGUGGAUGUUUCAGCUGAGAUGAUAGUCCCGAUUUUGGUACAGAUUCCCUAUGGAAUUAUUGCGGACAAAUAUGGACGUCGAAUCGUCAUCUUUGCCUCUCUCCUUGGUUGCGUCCUAAAGAUUCUCUGGACUGUCCUUGUCCUCUCUCUUCCCAAUAGACUUAAUAUCUGGGCAAUCCUCUGGGGUAACCUUGCCUACUUCAUCGGCGGAGGCGGUACAAUGGCCGGCGCCAUGUGCUAUACGCUCUUCAGCGACGUGACGCCAGCAGCGGAGCGAACCAUGGUCUUCUAUCAGCUCAAUGCCGUGCUUCGCAUCGUUGGUGUCGCGGCCACUCCCCUAGCAGCGUUCCUGCUCGGAGUGAACCCGUGGAUGGCCCUGUGGAUAGGCAUUGGCUUGCUGAUCAUUGGCACAUGCUGCACACUCUUGCUCCCCGAGACUCUCGACUUAAGAAAGGCGGCCGAUCAAAGAAGAGCCUCCGGCGAGAUUCAGGCCGAGUUUGCGCCGCACCCAGUGGGCAAGGUCUCCGCCAAAUCCGCCAUCCAGCGUGCGCUGGCUUCUGCGCGCAGCGACUUUUCUCACAUCUGGCGCUUUCUCCUAGGCUCCAAGGGCAUCAUGUUGCUCAUGCGAUUUGUUGCAAUACAUGACCAAACGGUAUCACUGGUCAUGGUCAACGGUAUGGCUCCUGCUACAUAUAUCGUGUCUAUCGAAAACUUCUUCGCCCUGGGAGUGCUGAUGAUUGUGUUGCCGGCGACUGCUUGGGCAUUGGAUCGGCGCGGCCGCUCACCACUGCAGCGUGACCUGUUCAUCGCGCGUGUGUCCGCAAUCUUUGCAUUUUUUGGAACAUUACUCAUUGCUUUUGCGCCUGUUGGCUGGCUCUGUGUUUUGGCCCUCAUCAUUUACAGCUUCGCGACCGGUUUCUCUCCGCUUUUCCGGUCAAUCAUGUCCAUCAUCGUCGAGCCGCACACGAUUGGAGCCCUUAAUACUGUUAUCGCAACAGUUGAAUCAACCGUGGGCCUUGUCGCAGCUCCUACUCUUGCUUGGCUUCUAAAUCGCGGCAUGGAUCUUGGCGGUGUCUGGAUUGGGCUUCCGUUUAUGUUUACGGCUUUCCUAACAGCGUUAUCGGCUCUGGGAAUAUUUGUUUUCAAGCUACCUACAGCAUUCGCUCAAAGUUGA